CGUGCUCGUGCUGUGUUUUGCAGGUGACAGGAAGAAAGUUCAUAUUGAAGAAUUGCGAUUUAAGGAUAAUCAACUACCUCAAAUUUAAAAGGAUAACAAUGCUUACCUUUGGCAUAACGAUAGUUCGACAGUAAGUGGGCAUUAUUCAGAAGAUACUAGCGGUCGAUUCAUUACUAUUCAGUGUAUGUGUGUUUCCAUUUGCAAUGCAACUGUAGACUGUAGCCCGAUACUGUUGAUACAUACAGUGAAUGGUUAUUGACAAGGUGUACGUCAAAAACGGAUAAAUGCUUAUCAAAGUACAAUUUAGAAUUUGAAUGGCUUGCAUGCUAUCAGUGCAUGGCCACCGCACAGACGCAUUACGCUGAGCUGGUGUCGCAUUACUCCAUUCUCCAGCGGCUGGAGUGAACGUCAAGAAAAAGUGGUGAAACAGAAUGGAAUAAAAAAGGCCUCCUACAAGGCCAGGCGAUAGACUCGUCUCUAUCAGACAUAGGGAUGCAGCAGGCAGAGGCUGCAGGAAAAUAUCUCAAGGACGUCAAGUUCACCAACGUGUUUGUCAGUGACAUGGCCCGUGCCCGCCAGACUUGCGAAGCAAUUGUAAAACACAACAGUAGUUGCUCUGGCCUAGAAAUUGUCACCGAUCCAUCACUUAAAGAGAGGAGUUUUGGGAGUGCCGAGGGGGGCUUGGUGGUGGACAUGAAGAACAUGGCUACAGCGGCUGGUCAAUCGUGGCUGGACUUCACUCCUCCAGGGGGAGAGACUAUAGAACAGAUGAAGAUGCGGAUCAAAGAGUUUCUGGAGCACCUGUUCCAGCGCAUGGUGGCUGACCACUGCAGACCAGGACAGAGGGAGACAGGGAUGCCAGAGGGGGCUCUUGCAGGCAAGCCAGAUGAUGGGACCAGAGAUGUUCCUGCCCAUGCCCUGGUGGUCAGCCAUGGGGCUCUAAUACGUGUGGCCAUGCGCUACCUUGUGGAUGAGCUAAAGUGUCCUUUACCCCAGGGGUUGGACAUGUCCCAUGUGAUCGCUCUCUGUCCCAACACGGGCAUAUGUCGGUUUAUCUUCACUGUGACAAAAGGGGAUGCGGGCGUCACCCUCUCAGCCAUCCGCUGUGUCUUUAUCAACAGGUGCGAGCACAUCUAAGAGAAGGGGUAGAGUGGAGGGGGUUGAAGGAAAUAAUCUCCUGGUUCACACUAUAGGGCCGACUAGAACCGUAUUGUGCUGUUUAGGAUAUUUUCUUUUCACAUUGUCCUUUCUAGCAUGGUUCCAGCAACUAUGGUAGAUAGACAAAGUGGUACUGGGCUGGCCUGACUCGCCUUGGCCUCUUGAGUGUGAAUCGGGCUGACUAAGAUAUACACAGACUCCAUAUAGGAAUCUGGUUGAGUUAUUUAAAAGGCAUACACUACCGGUCUAAAGUUUCAUAACACUUACACAUUCAAGAGUUUUUCUUUCUUUUUUUGUAUUUAAAAAAAACUAUUUUCUACAUUGUAGAAUAAUAGUGAAGACAUCAAAACUAUGAAAUAACACAUGGAAUCAUGUAGUAACCAAAAAAG